AAUUCAUAUGUCAUUUCCACUUGGUUAUCCAUCGGGUAUUCAUAUGCGAUUUAUCCAUAAUCUUUAAAGUGCGUUUUCGUUUUUCCUUUUAACGGUGCUGUAAAAGCAGCAACAGUUCGUCUAAAUUAAAUUUUUAUUACGAUUAAGUUUUACAAUGGAUUUAUCUGCUCCGAAAGAGCAAAUUCUGGGAAUAGUUAUGAGGUUAUCUAUCGUAACUGCGAUAACUUUUCUCAGCGUUAGAUGGCUUAUGAACCAGAUAGAUCCCACCAACAAAAGCAAAAAAAAGGCGACAGAACAAGCAAAGAAACAUCUAAAAAGAAUCACAGACAGUGGAAAAGGAUAUGUGCCUGUUGAUGAUCUCUCCGAAUAUGAAUUGAUGAUAGCUGCACAUUUGGUGCAUCCCGAUGACAUAUCUGUAACUUGGAAUCAUAUAGCAGGACUUGAUGAUGUUAUCACCGAUCUGAGGGAAACUGUAAUUUUACCUGUCCAGCGUAGGGAUCUUUUCGAAAACUCUAGAUUAUCAAUGCCACCCAAAGGUGUCUUACUGCAUGGGCCCCCAGGUUGCGGAAAAACUUUGAUAGCCAAAGCAACUGCCAAAGAGGCCGGAAUGAAUUUCAUCAAUUUAGAUGUAUCGAUUUUGACUGACAAAUGGUAUGGGGAAAGUCAGAAGCUAGCUGCUGCCUUGUUCAGUCUAGCAGUAAAAUUACAACCCUGCAUUAUUUUCAUCGACGAGAUCGACUCGUUCCUCCGCAGUAGGAGCGCAACUGAUCACGAAGCAACAGCUAUGAUGAAAGCACAGUUUAUGUCAUGGUGGGAUGGCUUGAUUACAGAUUCAAACUGUUCGGUCAUCAUUAUGGGUGCUACAAAUAGGCCUCGGGAUUUGGAUAAUGCAAUUUUGAGGAGGAUGCCUGUUACAUUUAACAUUGGUCUGCCACGUAUGGCUCAGCGCGAAAAGAUCCUCGAACUGAUUCUUCAUAAAGAGCCCACAGCGCCAGAUGUAAACUGCCAUGACCUUGCUAAGAAGACUGACGGAUUCACAGGUUCAGACUUGAUGGAAUUGUGUCGAUCUGCAGCUGUGUAUCGUAUAAGAGACUUCAUGAGCACUGAAGGGGAAUUACCCAGUACAUCAGGGGCGACUUCAUCAGACGGUGAAAUAUUUCAUGACGCCCUAAGGCCUAUAACGAUGAGUGAUCUUGAAAACGCUGUGGAAAAAAUACGUGCCUCAAAAAUGCUGUGUGUGCCUAUUCAAAUGCCCGAAGCCAGUUUAGAUGUUGAAUAGCUGCUAGGGAUAAAGUAUUUGCAGUCUUGGAUAGGUGAUGAAAAGUGUAAGAAAAAAAUAGACACUUUUGCGAAGUCAUUUAAAUUUUGCGACAAUUAUAGGAAAGCAAUUUGAAUAUCUUUCUGAAGAUCCCAAAAUUACAGUAUUUAGACUUAUUUUUGUGAUCUUGAAAGAAAAUUUUUAUGUUCUUCUGAAAUUAUUUAUGAGUUUUUUCAGAAUUUGUGACGAAAUUCCUGAUUAUACUUGAUGAAUGAUAGCACCAAUUAUUCAAUUUAGUGUUUGUUAAGUUUGUUUGUUUUUAGUUAUUUGGAAUGGUAGCAACUGAAAUUGAUGGAAUAAAAUUUAUUUACUUUGAAUUUUAUUUUGCUGUCUCUGUGCUAUAAUUCUUUCACAUUGAAAGCUUGAAGAUUGUUGCUGCAUCAUAUUCUUAGUGCAGAAUUGUUCACAUCUCGAAAUUGCCCAAGUUGCUAUAUAUAGGGCUGUAUAUAUUUCAGCUUUCUAAUAGCAGUUUGUAUUUUACAAGAUUAAACUGUUUCUAGAAAUGUACCAUAUUUUUGUAUAUAUGUCUAUAAAACAUAUUGUUAUUAAUUAAAUGAAGAUUGGAUGCUCUUCAGUAUAUAUUAUUGGAAAUAAAACGUUGUCAAAGUUGUA